AGUUAGGUCCAAUAGGAAGGAUGAGAGAAAACAAUGGACUCAACUCAUUCCCAUUUUGACCCUUUUUAGGCUAACCUUCACAAAUAUUCCUCCUUUUUUCAUGCAAAAUUUCCCUCUCCUCCCUACAAAUUCCUCUCUUUUUUUCCCCAUCCAUUUCCCAACAAAAUCAAAAUCCAAAUACCCUAUUUUUUUUUUUACCAAAAAGGGUAAAAAUAUUGGUUUGAUUCAAAGCCGUUUGCAGUCGGAGACAAAAAGCUCCACCGCCAACGGCUGCCGGAGAUACCCAAAAAAGUUGGAAGAGCCAUGGCGUUUAAUCAACGUUAUUGCUUCUAUUUUGCCCUUCUCUUCCUUUUCAUUGCAUUUGCUUACUCUCAUUCCCCAUUCCUCUCUUAUGAGGCACUCAAAGCUGGUAAAUUUACUGGGCGUUCCCUUCUUCAGGCCAAAAAAAGUUGCCCAGUAGACAUGGAAGGGCAGAAUUACACAAUCCUAACAAGCAAAUGCAAAGGCCCUCAAUACCCACCAGCACUCUGUUGUGAGGCAUUGUUGGAAUUUUGCUGUGGCUUUGUUGAUGAAUUAAACGACAUGACCAACAAUUGUGCUGAGACAAUGUUUAGUUACAUAAAUCUCUAUGGCCAAUACCCUCCUGGCCUCUUUGCCAAUCAAUGCAAAGAAGGGGAACAAGGUCUUUCUUGUGACAAAGCCCUCAAAGACCAGGCCGAGAAAGCCGAGAUCAAAGCUUCAUCUUCUGCUUCGUCUCUACUAACUCGACCCGAACUUCAUUCUCUUGCUCUCGCUCUCGCUCCUACUUUUAUGCUCUAUUUGUUGUUGUAGAAUACAGAAGUAACCACCACCCCCUUCAUUAUCAUCUUGCUUUAUAUGAUGCCAAAGCUUUCAAAUCUCUCUGUUAUGUUCUGUUUGUUUGAUGGAUUCACUUUAUAACUAUUAACAUCGAACUUGUGGUGGGAUUUGAGAAAAGAAACUUG